AUGAACCAACAGAAUAAAAUUGGAAGGAAGGACAAAAGACAAGAAGCUUAUGAUCUAUUCACUUUAAGUAGAACAACUCCACAAGAUCACCAUCAGUUCACAAAAGUCUUUCCGAAUGUAGCACCAGCACCUGGGGUGCCAUGUCAGGGAGAAGACCGAAGAAUAUACAGACGAGGAGCACAACGAUGGAGAAAACUCUAUAGAGUCAAUGGUCAUAUUUUUCAAGCUAAACGUUUUAACCGACGCGAAUUCUGCGCACUUUGUCAAGAUCGAAUUUGGGGACUGGGUCGUCAAGGAUUCAAAUGCAUCCAGUGUAAAUUAUUGGUCCACAAAAAAUGUCAUAAAGAUUUACGUAAACCCUGUUCAAGUUUACAACAACAAUCACAAUCACAUGAUCAGCAAUUAAAUGAUCGCAAUGGCGAUCAAGCACAGAUUGAUUCAUCACCACAGGGUAGUCCGAAGGCUCAUUUAGAUGAUGAAACCACUGAACAAACUGUAAUUGAGGAUACUCGUCCACUUGGAACAAAAGCAAGUGACACCACCGUACAAACCGCGUCUAGAUUCGGAUCAGGAUUUAGCGAACUUCCCCCCCGAAUUUACCGACGAGCCGGUGCAUUCAACACCCGACGAUCCGAAAGUGAUAGAAGACAUCGAUCAGUCGGAGUUCGAAGGCUUUGAAUACGUAAAUCCCUUGCUGAUGUCUCUCGAACACUGCGUGUGACAUGAGCCACAAUCAAAUAAUCGAGAGCAUCGAGAAGAUUAUCAGCAAGAUUAUCUCACCCGUAAUUAUCAUUAUCAUCAGCAGCAGCACAAACUCCAGGAGCACCAGCAGCUCCAGCAGGACCACGACUAUGAUUGCGAUUACGACUACAGCUACG